GCCGCCGGCCUCCUCAGCGCCGCCAGCACCGUCUCCGGGGGCAAGUCGACCAGUUUCUCCCACACAGACUCCGUGUAGAAGUCCACCCCAUGGCGCCGGUAAGGCCGGCUGCAAGGUGGCGAAGAGAGAGUUUUGGGACGCAUGGUGAAGGAGUUUCAUCGGUUGGAUUCAGAAAUAAGAAUGUGAAACACAGGACGUGGCGACCUAACCAUGCGCAGGCCUUCGUGGGGAGCGUUCGCGAAGGACAAGGCUUUGCAUUUCGAAGAAAACUAAAGAUCCAGCAAAGUUACAAGAAAUUGCUAUGGAGAGAAAAGAAGGCUCAAACCUCACAGGAAUCCCAAUUCACAGACCGAUACCCUGAUCAUCUGAAACAUCUCUAUUUAGCUGAAGAGGAAAGACUCAGGAAGCAAGUUAGAAAAGUUAAGCAGCCUUUGUUAGAACAAGUUGACCAGCCUCUGUCAGAAGAACAAGUUACUCAGCCUUUGCGGGAAGAGCAGUGUAGCACUGACCAAGCUUUGUCUGAAGAACAUUGUAGCAUUGAGCAGCCUCAGCCAGGACAACGGUGUAGCGUAAGAGUGAACUCCAUUACUAUUCCAAAGAAGAAUAAAAAGAAAACAUCAAAUCAAAAAGCACAGGAAGAAUAUGAGCGGAUACAAGCUAAGCGUGCUGCUAAGAAACAAGAAUUUGAGAGGAGAAAGCAAGAGAGAGAAGAAGCUCAAAGGCUCUAUAAAAAGAAGAAAAUGGAAACGUUCAAAAUACUGAGUAAAAAGACUAAAAAGGGCCAACCAAACUUGAAUUUACAGAUGGAGUAUCUUCUGAAAAAAAUACAAGAAAAAAAUUAAAUCAGACGUGUUGUCUGAUUAAACAAGAGUUAAAAUGUCCUCCAGCUCUUGAGUCCCUUUGUGUGUGUACUGUCCCUCCAAACAGUUAAUUAAAUUUGUCAGCAGAGACUGGAUUGCUAAGCUCUACUAAACAUAAAAUGUCCAAAUAUUUUUUUUCUGUAAAAGAACAUUUUCUAUAUAUGCUCUACAUGAUAUGAUUUGUUUUUUAUUUAUUUGCUUCAUGAAGAAGUGACAGAACCUGCUGUUUGAGUUACAGGUUCAAUGUAAUACUUUUGUACUGUAGGACAUUCAGAUGAAAUAAAGUGUUUUGAAAAUAA